AUGAGUGACUCGUGGAAAGUGCUUGAUGUUGACAUGCCUUAUUCUUCUGAUCGUACUGAGGGCACCCAAGUCUACAUGGAUGGAGUGUGCCAUUGGUUGUGUGAAAAAGAUGAAAAACAUAGCCCCGCUGGACCAUGUUUGGUGUCAUUUUACUUGAGCAAUGAGGUGUUCCUUAUAACACCUAUUUCCUCGGACGAAGAUGAUUGUUUUGAUGUUGGAGCAAAGUGGAUAAACUUGGCUGUGUUAAAUGGGUCCAUUGCCUUGAUCUCAUUUCAAAAAAAGACGACUACUUUUCACAUAUCAAUUUUGGGUGAGCUCAGUAUAAAGGAAUCGUGGACCAAUCUCUUCAAUGUUGGACCGUUGGCUUGCGUCCAGCGUCCUAUCAUAAUGGGGACAAAGGGGGAAAUAUUCUUUAUAAAAAAAGAUAUGGAAGUAGCUUGGUUUGAUCUGAGUACGCAAAUGAUUGAGCAGCUUGGUUAUAAAGCCGAGAGCCUUCGCUGCAGGAUAGUAAAUUACAAGGAAAGCAUUCUUCCAUCCCUCAAAAAAGAAAAGAAAAGAAAGCAUUCUUCCAUUACAGGAAUAAGUAGUUAA